GUAUUAUUAUAAAAAGAAAAAACAAAGAAGACAAGAAUGUAAGCUUAUUUAAUACUACUAAUUAUGAAUUUUUCUUCUUCUCCUCCUUCUCCUCCUCCUGUUUUUUAAUCCUUAAUGGCAAUUUCCGAUUCUCCGAAUUCAAAGAUAGCUGCUUUUUAACUACUAUCACUCAUGAAUUGAUAUUCCACCGGCGGUCAGAAAAGUCUUAAGAAUCACAAUUCAAAGUGGAUUUGAUUCUCUGUUUUUUUCAUCCCGUCGCUGAAACCACACUAUAAAGUAGAAAAGCAAACAAAGGGGGAAGGAAAAGGCAAGCAAAUAAGUGGUUCAUACAACCUGAGAGAUCUUUGUGGUUUUGUAUAGUUGUGGAAUUGAUGAUGAUGACCUUUUUCCUUUGUGGGCCGAUCAAUUUUGAAUCUUCCUCUUCCAUUUCAGGUUUGAUUCCCGAUUCCCUUUUUUACAUUAACAUGCCCUUUUCCACUUUCUUUUGGGCGAAUAAUACCGAAAAAAAAAAAGAAUGAAAAGCCAAAUUUAAGUAACUAUGUACAAUGCCUGUUCCACCGAGUUUGGUGUAUUAUUCACUCGUUUGGAAGGUGUAUGGUUUAGUUUGUUGGUUGUUUUUCAAUAUCGCAAAGCGGGAAUUCGCGCUGUUACAUACUUUGAUGCCUGAGAAAAAAAUAGCAACAACAUUCUUGCUUCAAUUGAUAACCCUAUGGAGGAACGGUCUCUCAUUUAUUUUUCUUUUAUCUGUUGUGAGUGGGUUUUUUCAGUAGUCAAAAUUCGAAAACUAAACUAAUCUGUAAUUAAGAGCUUUUGAAAUAAUGUUCAAUGGGAAUAAGGAAACCAGUAAUAUAAGUGAUUCUUUAGUGAUUUAUGUGAAGUGUUGAGCUGUGAUGCAGAUUUGUCAGUUUGCACAGUUUGAUGUGUGAACUUUACUACUCUAGAUUACCUCAUUGGUGAUGCAAUCCUCCGAUUUGCCAAAUAAAAAGGGAAAGAGCUUGAAACGUCGGAGGUCUUUUUCUCGAGACAUGCCACUCACUGAUCCAAUAACCGUGCAGCCAUUGGAUGACUGCAUUGCUUUUCCUGUAGAAGAAAUAGUGCAGCAUCCCUUGCCAGGUUUUGGUGCUCCGACUUUGAUUAGUUUCAGCCCUGAUGAUAGUUUGGUGGCCUACCUGUUUAGCCCUGAUCAAACAUUGAACAGAAAAUUGUUUGUGUUUGAUCUGAAAAGUGGCAAGCAAGAACUGUUUUUCAGUCCUCCCGAUGGUGGGCUUGACGAAAAUAACUUAUCAGCUGAAGAGAAAUUAAGAAGGGAAAGAUCUAGGGAGCGGGGCUUGGGAGUAACACGAUAUGAAUGGGUGAAGACUACAACAAAAAAGAAGUCUGUUCUGGUUCCUUUACCUGCUGGGGUUUGUUCUCUUAUCUCCGUUCUUUUAUUUUGUUGAUAUAGAUCAUUUUGAUGCAAUGGAUACAAUGUAUUGUUCUGGGUUGUUAUCAGCUGUGGUCCUUGUGGAUCAUCAUUGUGUGAUCCGGUGGAAAAGUUCAUUGAGUGCUUAAAGGCUCUGCAUUUAUCUGAGUUUGUGUCAUUAUAUACUCUUGAGUUUCUUGCUAUUGUUCAUAACUUAAGUGGGGUUGUUAAAUUUUAGAACCCCGUUUACCAAAUUCUUCCCCUUAUAGUCGGAAAUGGCUUGUUGUAGCUGUCGUUGUUGUAUGUACCAAAUUCUUGGAUAAAGCUUUAUGUGCAAAACUUGAAAUUCUGAGACCUGCUUUGUGCUUUUUACAAGCCAAUUGCUGCCCAGAAGUUCUGAAGUUGAGAAUUUGGCCCUUUUUACCCUGUGGUUGUCUAAUUUUUUGCGCAAUGCACAGUUAUAUAUCCAGGAUUUCCGUCGUCUACCUGAGCUUAAGGUUCCUAGUGCUCCAUUAUCUCCAAUUAUUGAUCCUCACAGUUCCCCUGAUGGGACCAUGCUUGCAUAUGUGAGGGAUGGCGAGCUUCAUGUGUUGAAUCUUUUUUAUAAUGAGUCAAAGCAGUUGACAUCCGGGGCUGAUGGAAACAAUCUGACACAUGGUCUUGCAGAGUAUAUAGCACAGGAGGAGAUGGAACGAAAGAACGGUUACUGGUGGUCUCUGGACAGCAAAUUCUUGGCGUUUACGCAGGUUGAUUCAUCUGAGAUACCUCAGUACAGAAUCAUGCACCAAGGUAAAAGUUCUGUAGGUUUAGAUGCACAGGAAGAGCACGCCUACCCAUUUGCAGGAGGAACUAAUGUGAAAGUUCGUUUGGGAGUGGUCUCUGUUGGAGGAGGUCCGGUUACUUGGAUGGACCUUCUUUGUGGAGGCAAGGGCCCAGCUGAUAAUGAAGAGGAAUAUUUAGCCAGAGUUAAUUGGAUGCAUGGAAAUUGUCUUACAGCUCAAGUCUUGAAUAGAUCACAUACUAAGCUCAAGAUCCUUAAGUUUAAUAUCAAAACAGGGGAUAGGAAAGUACUUCUGGAAGAAGAACAUGAGACGUGGAUCAGCCUGCAUGAUUGCUUCACCUCAUUAGACAAAGGACUGAAUAAAUAUCACGGGGGAUUUAUUUGGGCGAGUGAGAGAACAGGAUUCCGCCACCUGUAUGUGCAUGAUUCCAAUGGAGUUUGCUUGGGACCUAUAACUCAAGGGGACUGGAUGGUUGAGCAAGUGGCUGGCGUAAAUGAGGCUUCUGGCCUUGUAUAUUUCAUUGGAACGUUAGACAGCCCUUUAGAGUCUCACCUUUAUUGUGCAAAAUUAUUCCCGGAGGCAAACAUUCCCUUACAAGCCCCAGUGAAAUUGACGCGUGGAAGUGGAAGACAUGUAGUUGUCCUUGAUCAUCAACUGCAGAGGUUUAUUGAUAUUUAUGAUUCUCUGGAAUCACCUCCAAAAAUAUCACUUUGCUCUUUGCAUGAUGGACAUUUGAUUACGACUUUGUAUGACCAGCCGCUCAGCUUAUCCCUGUGCAAAAAGCUCCAGAUUGAGCCUCCACAGAUAAUGCAGCUACCAGCUAAAGAUGGAACCACUUUGUGUGGGGAAUUAUACAAGCCUGAUCCUGCUAGAUUUGGACCUCCACCAUAUAAAACCAUGAUACAAGUCUAUGGUGGUCCCGGCGUGCAGCUUGUGUGUGAUUCCUGGGUAAACACAGUUGAUAUGAGAGCUCAGUAUCUGAAGAACAAAGGCAUUUUAGUAUGGAAGAUGGAUAAUAGAGGAACUGCUAGGCGGGGACUUGAGUUUGAAGGUGCUCUGAAAUACAAAUGCGGCCAAAUUGAUGCUGAUGAUCAACUAACUGGAGUUGAAUGGCUCAUAAAAAAUGGCUUGGCAAUUCAAGGUCAUAUUGGAUUAUAUGGAUGGAGCUAUGGCGGCUAUCUUUCAGCUAUGAGUUUGGCAAGGUUCCCCGAAGUAUAUAGAUGCGCAAUUUCUGGUGCCCCCGUCACAUCAUGGGAUGGGUAUGACACCUUCUACACUGAAAGAUACAUGGGUUUGCCUGCUGAAAACCCUGCAGGUUAUUUGUACAGCUCUGUGAUGCACCAUGCAGAUAAAAUCAAGGGGAAGUUGCUGCUGGUGCACGGCUUGAUCGAUGAAAAUGUGCAUUUCAGGCACACGGCAAGGCUUAUCAACGCAUUGGUGGCUGCCGGGAAGCCUUAUGAACUCUUGAUUUUUCCAGAUGAGAGGCACAUGCCCCGCGGGCUAAAGGACCGUAUAUACAUGGAACAGAGGAUAUGGGAUUUCAUAGAAAGGAACUUGUGAUCGAUUCGGUUUAAAUGUUUUGUGGAAAUUUUGGGCGUCCAACCUUUGAUUAUAGAUCUUCUUUGUAAUUCAUUCUUAGCUUCUUUAACUGUGGGAUUGCAUGGAAAUAACGCACAACGGGGCUUUUCCCCUUCUUACCCCAUGAGUUAAGACUGUGUUGUAACUAUGCCCGGAACCAUGCCCCCAGUGUUGUACAAAAUUUCAGAAUAAGAUAGUCUCAUACUUUCAUUGGUAGAUAGUUAAUGAUAAUGGAAUAAUGUGAGUACUUGGAUUAAACCUUUUUUUUCUUGCUUCUUUCUUUCUUUCCUUACUGUUAUUAUUAUUUUUUUGGAUCAAAAUCCUGAUAUCCCAUCAUACUUUUCUCAAA